UGCUGGAUUCGGGAGAAGGUCCGCCAUUAUUGUGAAGCUGGAAAAAAAAAAAAUAGACUUAUACACACCGUCACACAUUUCGCCUGUAAGGGGCUUACGAUCAGAAAGGAGAAUACAUCGGGUUCGGACGAUCUGUUGUACACUAAAAGUGGCGCUUUUGGUAAAUGAAGGCAGGGCUUUUAAUCGCGUUUCAUACGGACUCUUUAUUUUUGACACAACAAAGGAAAUAAUAAUUGGUGAAAACAACGUGGUGGUUGAAUCAAGAAGGGAAAAAAAACACACCGAAACAGCGCUUUUUACAACGCCUCCCCCUUUUCUCCUCAUUUCCAGACUGGAGUUUGAACAGCAUUUCUCUUUUUUUUUUUUUUUUCUUCCCCUAACGAGAAUUUAGUUGUGUUUUUUCUCUCCUCUCUUCUCCAAAGACGGGGAGAGGUACGCAUCUCGUUUCUGAAAACUUCAGUCUGAUGAAACAAGCACUUAAUGGGGGAAAGCAGCGGACAGAUAGCCUGUUAAUUUAAAAAAAAAAAAAAAAAAAAAGGCGGAACGGUGAUCGGUGUCCGUGCUGGUAGGAAGUGUUUUAAUCUGUUUUUUAAAGUCUUUCGCCCCGGCUGUGAGCAGAGAGGAGCAGCGACAGAAAGAAAGGAGUGGACGAGGAGCCGGAGAGAGGAAUGCUAUGGGCCAGACACCAGCCCAGUGAGAUACUCUUGCAUGGAAACCCCUUUUUCCCUGGCAGUCCUUUCCUCUCCCUAGAGCUACUGGCCAGCAUGGCAGGAUGAGCCUGUGCCAGCAUUGAUGAUGGCCAAAAAGCAAGAUGUGCGGACACCCACCUACAACCUGGUCGUGAUUGGGCUGUCCGGCACGGAGAAGGAGAAAGGCCAAUGUGGUGUGGGCAAGUCUUGCCUGUGUAACCGCUUUGUCCGGCCAAGUGCAGAUGACUUCUACCUAGACCACACCUCUGUUCUCAGCACCAGUGACUUUGGAGGCCGUGUGGUGAACAAUGACCACUUCCUGUUUUGGGGAGAGGCCGGGCGGAUUUUGGAGGAGGGGCCCGAAUGCCGUAUGAAUGUAGUGGAGCAGACAGAGUUCAUUGAUGAUCAGACGUUCCAGCCGCACCGAAGCACGGCGCUCCAGCCUUACAUCAAGAGGGCAGCUUCCACCAAGCUGGCUUCGGCUGAGAAGCUGAUGUACUUUUGCACAGAUCAGCUGGGGCUGGAGCAGGACUUUGAGCAGAAACAGAUGCCCGAAGGCAAGCUUAUGGUGGAUGGCUUCUUACUCUGUGUGGAUGUUAGCAGGGGUAUGAACCGUAGCUUUGAGGACCAGAUGAAGUUUGUUACCAACCUGUACAACCAGCUAGCCAAAACGAAGAAACCUGUUGUACUGGUCCUCACCAAAUGUGAUGAAGGAGUUGAGCGCUAUAUUAAAGACUCACAUACCUUUGCCCUAGCCAAGAAGAACCUACAGGUGGUGGAAACAUCAGCACGAUCUAAUGUCAAUGUUGAACUUGCCUUUCUUACACUGAUUCAGCUACUAGACAAGGGUAGGGGAAAGCCCAAAAUCAUUCCCUACUUUGAGGCACUGAAACAGCAGAGUCAACAGAUUGCCUCAGCUAAAGACCGCUAUGAGUGGCUGGUCAACCGAAUCGUGAAGAACCACAAUGAGGCAUGGCUCACAGUCAGUCGUCGCAUGCAGUCUGCCCCUGAGUACAAGGACUACGUUUUUCUUGAGGGGACAGCUAAAGCCAAGAAGCUCUUCCAGCAGCAUGUGCAUAGACUUAAACAAGACCACAUAGAGAAACGUAGGAAGGCCUAUCUUAGUACUCUACCACAGGCCCUGUCUAUACUGUUACCAGAGUUGGAUGUGAUAGACCACCUCAGCUGGUCUGGAGUUCAGAAAGUCCUGGAGACAAAGAGAGAUUUCAUCCAAUGGUUUAUAGUCCUAGAUGACACCCCUUGGGAGACCACGACACACAUUGAUAAAAUGGAGGAUGAUCGAAUCCCCCAGGACCUCCUGGAGACUCCCGCAGCUGAAGCUAUCUAUGAGACCCACCUGGAGAUGCUAAGGAAUGAGCGCAAGCGGGCUGAGAUGAGAUGGGAGUUCAAGGAGAAGCUAAGCGUCUCUCCUUUCAUCACACCAGGGAAACCCUGGGAGGAGGCCCGAAGCUUCAUCAUGAAUGAAGACUUCUACCAGUGGCUGGAUGAGGCUGAAUAUCUGGAUAUCUACAACAAACACCAGAAGGAAAUUAUUGACCGAGCCAAAGAGGACUUUCAGGAACUACUUCUUGAAUACUCUGAGCUCUUUUAUGAGCUGGAAGUGGAUGCAAAGCCAAGUAAAGAGAAAAUGGGAGCCAUUCAGGAGGUGUUGGGUGAGGAGCAAAGGUUUAAAGCCCUGCAGAAGCUGCAGGCAGAAAGGGAUGCUCUGGUAUUAAAACAUAUCCACUUUGUCUACCACCCUACAAAGGACACCUGUCCCAACAAUCCCCACUGUGUGGACAGUAAGAUAGAGCAGAUACUGGCCAACAGAUUCCCUACCCGCUACCCAUCAUCAGAUAGUUCAAGACUGGAUUUGGGGAGGGCUGAAAGGAUAAAUCUUGUCAUCCUCGGUAAAGAUGGGCUAGCCAGAGAGAUGGCAAAUGAGAUAAGGGCCAUGUGCACCAGUGACGACCGGUACGUGUUAGAUGGCAAGAUGUAUGAGUUAGCCCUUCGUCCCAUAGAGGGCAACGUACGUCUGCCAGUCAAUUCAUUCCACACACCAACCUUUACACCUCAUGGUUGCCUGUGUUUGUACAACUCAAAGGAAUCCCUCUCUUAUGUUGUCGAGAGUUUAGAGAAGAUUAGGGAGUCAACUAUAAGCAGAAGGGAAAGGGAAAACAGCUUAGCUCAACCCCCGCUGUCUCUCCUUCUGGUCACCAAGCGGGGAGUGGGGUCCAUUGGAGAUAUUGGGGGGGAGACGGCUCAGACUCUUAUCCAACAAGGGCAGCAGGUGGCUGGAAAGCUGCAGUGUGCCUACUUAGACCCCGCCUCUCCAGGCGUGGGCUACGGUCGCAAUGUAAAUGAGAGGCAGAUCAACCAGAUGCUGAAGGGCCUCUUAGAAUCACGGAGAAGCAUAGGGACCAGCUCCCCUCCCUUACCCCCUCCAUCCUCUGCCUUCAGAGACUCUCAGUCCCAGCCAGUGGUAGAGGCAGACCUGAGGAUAGUCAUGUGCCUGAUGUGUGGAGACACGUACGACAUAGACCAGCUGCUUGCUCCUUUCCUAUUGCCCCAGCAUUGUCGUCCUGCUGCUAACCUCAGCACUGGCACCUCGGUUUUGCUGGAUCUUAGUAUAGGAGGUCAGAGGCUGAAUAUUGAGCUGUCGCUACUCUCCUUUCAUUCCUCAUUCUCGCUCCGCAAGACCAAGCUGGUCCACGGCUACAUUGCAGUUUACUCUGCUCGCCGCAAGGCCUCUAUGGAGACAUUAUGUGCUUUCCUGUGUGAGGUCCAAGACAUCAUCCCAGUCCAGUUGCUGGCAGUUGGGGAGAGCCAGAUGGAGCUGUCAGACUCGGAGUCAGCUAAGGAGCAGGUCAGUCAAGGAGAGGAACUAGCCCAUGAAAUAGAGGCCAGGUUCAACACAGUGAUAUGUGGACAUGGUGGGGUAGUAGGGGGGCUUCAUAAGAUAGACCUUUUCCAAUCCUUUCUCAAAGAGGCAGUAGAGAAGUGCACUAUUGUUGAGGCCACACACAUGUAUGAUAAUGUGGCUGAGGCAUGUACCAAUGAGAGCAUCAGCCCUCGCUGUGGCUCUCCUAGUCCAGUUAGUAUUCUUAUGGACUCAGAGGACGAUAUUGAUCCAUCACCACCUUACCCUACCCUCAGGGAGGAUGGCAGCCUCAGUUCCCACUUGGGAAGCUUCAAGCUGCCAGAUCUGGAUUCAAGUGACACCUUCUCUGUUAUUUCUGAGCUUAGCACUUUUGAGAGCAAGCUGAACAACAAGGUUCCUCCACAAGUGAAGCCCAAGCCUGUCCGUAAGGUGAACCUCGGCCCCUACAUGGACCAGCAGGGUGGCACCAACCGCCGCUCUUUGCCCCAAGCUGUCACUUGGGCUCCAGGUAGCGAUGGUGGCUAUGACCCCUCAGAUUACGCAGAGCCCAUGGAUGCUGUGAGCAAACCUCGACCCACAGAAGAGGAGAAUAUUUACUCCGUUCCGCAUGACAGCACACAAGGCAAGAUUAUCACUAUCCGCAAUGCCAACAAAGGUCACUCCAACGGGAGUGCUGGGGGGAAUGGGUCAGACAGUGAGGCCGAUAGCAGUUCGCUGGAGCGAAGGAGAAAGUUGUCCGCCAUUGGGGUAAAGCCCAUGCUUUACAGAGACAGAUCCAAACGGCUUGGCAAGUUCAGCAGCUUUAGGACGAGCUUCUCCAUAGGCAGUGAUGAUGAGAUGGGGGGUCCACCCAAGGUUAACCAGGAUGAAGGAGGAGCCCAAAAAGACAACUCCAUCGAGGAGAGUGAGGACCCCAAAAGAAGAAAUAUUCUUAAGAGCCUGCGCAGAAAUACGAAGAAACCACGACCCAAACCCAGGCAUUCCAUCUCCAAACCCAUCGAGAGCAACUACUUUGGUAUCCCACUGGCCACCGUGGUCUCUCCUGAGAGGCCGAUCCCAGUCUUCAUUGAGAAGUGCAUCCGUUUCAUUGAAACAACAGGGUUGAGCACAGAAGGCCUCUACAGGGUCAGCGGGAACAAGGCAGAGAUGGAGAGCAUGCAGCGGCAAUUUGACCAAGACCACAACCUGGACCUGGUGGAGAAGGACUUCACCAUGAACACAGUAGCCGGAGCCAUGAAGGCCUUCUUCUCCGAGCUGCCUGAGCCUCUGGUGCCCUACAACAUGCAGGGAGAGCUGGUGGAGGCCUUCAAGAUCAAUGAUAGGGAGCAGCGCUUCCAGACGAUGAAGGACAUCCUGCGCCGCUUCCCCAAAGAGAAUUACGAGGUCUUCAAAUAUGUCGCCAGCCACUUGAACAAGGUGAACCAGAACAACAAGUUGAACCUAAUGACCAGUGAGAACCUGUCCAUCUGUUUCUGGCCCACACUGAUGAGACCAGACUUUACCACUAUGGACGCCCUGACUGCCACCCGCACCUACCAGACAAUCAUCGAGAGCUUCAUCCACCAGUGCUUCUUCUUCUUCUACAAUCAGCCGCUGGCCGACGGCCUCCCCGGCUCCCCCACCUCUUCGCUCUCCUCCGGGGGAGGAACUUCGGCCUACUCCUGCAUGGCUGGAGGCUACCAAGCCUCGCCGACUCCGUCCCCGACUCCCUAUGUCCUCCCAGCCACCCCUCCAGUCAUUCCACACUACGGCCCUCCUAUCCACCACCACCACCACCUCCACCACCUCCAUCAACAUCAGUCCCCACCCCACUCCCCACCUCCUACUCCCCAGUCCCCCAUCCCAGCCCUGCUGCCGCCCUCCCUACACCCCCAUCACCCCCCUACGGAACAACACACGCUGUGAACCAGGGAUCAAGGGAAAGAGGGGGAAAAAAACGAAGAAGACGGCUAACGAGAUUCAGAGAGAUUUAAGGGUUUAGAAUAAGAGAUUUGGAAGUUUGGGAAGGAAUUGAAGAAGACAAAUUUAAAUGGGAACCAGAGGUAGGAAGACAAGUUGGGAGAGAUUGAGUGAGAUGCAGUAUGUACAGGGAGAAACCUACGUGUUUGGGAGAAGAAGGGAGCGUUUGAGCCUCUGCUAAUUUUAGAAAAAUGGACACACACACACAAGGCAGAAAAGGGGAACACUGAAGAGCCUCUGAACUGGCAGUAUGAUCUUUCUACCCCCCCCGCCACUUCAUCCCUUUGUCUCUGUGUCACUUCACCUAGACCUGCCCUCCUUGCCUUAUAGAGAACCUACACACAAACACACCGAGUGCGAUGUUGCCAGUAACUGUUAAAGGGACUCAGGGAGGGACUCAGAAGUAAAGUGGAAAGGGGAAUGUGAACUCUGCUAUGUUGGGAUUGCUUCAACACACACACACAAACACCCAGUGGCCAGUGUGCCUCCGACAACCAUUCUCCUCAAUCCCUAAGCCUCUAGCUGUCCUAGGAGUUUUUGUGGCCAGCGCACGUUUUUUUGCAAUCCGCCCACACACUGUACCUACCUGGGAGGCUGUGGCUGGGACGAGGUGUAGCAGAGAGCGAGUCCUUAACACAUGUUUGUUUAUUUGGCCACUGUACAGAGGACUUAGGCAAGAAACACGUGUUACUGCUCACCCGACAGGAUGUUCUGUCCUCUGCGGCGCACACACACAUUCUUAUCUAUCAACCCCUCACACAGUUACACAAACACGCACACAGACAAAAUCAGUUGCAGUUGAGGCAAUAUGCCAAGCACAGGAAAAAAAUCUCAACAGACCGGAUCGACUAGGCAGCAAAUUGGAGCAAAGGAUUAUGGGAACUCAAACACCCUUUGCAUUCUGGGAAGGCUCCUCCCAGUCUCCUCUUUGGUUUCUCGCUCUCUUGGUUUGAACUUCAAUCUCAUGCACUUUGUGAACACAUGAAGAAAACAGUUGGAUAUAUUCAUCGGUCUAAAUCUUGAUUCUACAUUCCCGCUCUCCCGACGCGUGUUUUAUUUUGUCCUUCAUUUGACAGAAUCGUGGGAAGGGGCCCGUCACUCAAUGCGUGGCCUUGUGUGUAAGUGUCUGUGUGAGAGUCUACCAGUCUGUGUGUGCAUAUAUAUCCAUGCCUUUUUUUGUUUUACCUGAACUUCCCUGUAUUAGGCAGAUAGUGGGAAUAAUUCCAGUGUCGGACCGUCACCUGUCAUGUUGCUUCUUUCACACUGUGGUGGUUUUACGAGAGAGUCGGUUCUGCAGUUUCCACAGUAAGGACCUUGUUGAAAAAGCACUUUUCUGAGCACUUUGAAGGCACAUUUUAAAUUGGAGCUGCCAUGACAUGACAGCCACCGUUCACUUUAUUGUCAGUCCACCCUACUUUCUCUCACUCUGGGAGCACACCACUGACAUCUAUAGGAAGAAAUGGGUAUUGCAGCCAUAACCUGACUUCCACUACUGCAUGGGCGGAGCACCAUUUUCCUUCUGUGGUUUGUGUGUGGUGUCAGAUUCUCUUAUUAGGUGCAAUUGUUAAGAUUUUUCAUCACUGUAUGUCAGGUCAAAUUAACUUUAGAGCUCAUAAAGUGUAAGAGUAAAACAGCAGUUUUAAAUCAGAUUCAAAUCAAUUGAGAUUAUAUAGAUUCAGGCUCUGCUCUUGCAGUUGAUUAGAUAUGCAGUGAAUAAAAUGUCCUCUGAGGCUUUUUAUUGUUGGAAGUAAUUGGUGAACACUGUUCCAGGCCUCAGCAUGCUGUCCCUCUUAGGACACCGCAUCAUACCUCUGAAAGGAAGACUCAAACUUGCUCUCUGUGCACUCAAAAAAUAUAAUUUUGCAAGAGUUGUGACCACGACACCAGUCUGCCCCCGCUGUCACUGUUAUGCCACCACAUCCCCUAGUCAUUCCUAGUCCAAGAGAGACACUUGGGUCUGGGAGAGACAGCAGACAGAACAGACAGUCCAUUCAUCCGUCUGCAUGACUGCAACCGAGCAUCGCAGAAUUCCUCGGCCCGGCCUGCUGUCACCGUAGAAACCAGUGAGAUGGGGCUCGAGGAUAAUUGCCGAGUGAGUCCUGAUCGAAGCAGCUUAUGAAGUGUGUGUGUGUGUGUGUGUGUGUGUUUGUUUCUGUGAGCUCGAGAAAGUGUGCACGCAUGUGAACUUAUGCGUGUUAAUGUUAAGCAGAUGCUCACCAGGGUCACUUAUUCUGUCUGACACCUGAGUUGCAUCUCUGCACGUCUCCCCAGACUGUCCUCUGCCCAAAGGGAGGGAAAAACAACAAACUUGUAACCAAUCACUGAACUCCUAAAGGAGCUUUUAUAAGUCAACACUACCUAUUUACCGUGUGUGUGUGUGUGUGUGUAUGUGUGUGAUUAGGGGAUAGAGGAGUUAAGAACGUGUGUUUGGUCGGGUGGGUUUGAGCGAACAUGCUAGCAAGCUGUGCUUGGCAGACGGCCAGACACCCGUGUGAUCCAAAUAAACCUGAAGGAGAGGAAUGCAGUUCUCCUUGCGGUCAUUACCCCGCUGUGUAAACCCUGUUAGCUGGUCCAGAUUACACACACUGAUCCUCAGAGAGAGUGUGAGGGAGAGAUUGGGGAGGGUUAGAGGGAGGGAAGACGGGCAGCAAACGGGUGAAUGGGAUCAUUAUUUGGGAGACGGAGGGAGGAAGGAGGGGUGACCACUGGUACUUGUGUGUGUGUGUGUUUGUGUGAACGCCGGCCAGUGGCGUUCCCUGUGUAUAUCAAUGUGUUAAUACUGAACUGACUGUGAGGCAGCCAAAGACUGUGGAAAAAAGGGUCGAGGGAGAGAUAGGAAGCAAAGUGACAGUUUAGAAGAACAAUUGAAUUAAAAAAAUGUGACUUUGGUUCAGCGAUAUGUGGCUGCAUUGCUUUUCUUUUUCUUUUCUUUUUUUUGCAACAAUGGUGACAGAUGUCUGUUAAGUUAAAAUGAGAAACAAGCAAAACUAUAUUCAAAUGGUUGUUUAUUGGUAUGUUAGGGGGUUUAACACGUUGCCCUUUAGUCAGUGGUGAUAGAAAAAAACAAAAAAAACUUUCUUUUUGUUUUAUUUUAAUAAUUAAAAAAUACAAAGCAUUUUUUUUUUUUUUUAACAAUUUCUUUGUGAACGAUUGAGAGAGCAGCCCAGUAUAGUGCAUGAUUUCUUCCCAACCAAGGAAGAGGGCUCCACCACUCUCACUAUUUAAGAGAUGAUAAAAAAAAUAUAAAGAAAUAAUGGGGGAGGGGAGGGGGGUUGAAAAUAAUAAAAAAAGAAAUGAAGUACUGUAAAGUGAAAAGAUAACAUCAAACAAAAAAAACUGUCAUUAUUUGCUGAGUAUGGUAAUUUGUCUCAAUGGGAAUGGUGUAUACAGCAAGGCCUUAUGUGAUCUGUAUCAUAGUUAAUAAAUCAAAUCUUGUAAAA